GUGACUGAAGCCACAAAAUUUGAGUUUGGUUCUUCAUUUCUCGGUGUGUAAUUGUAAACUUUCCGCAGAGCUGUCAAAACUUCAUCUUUGAUGACUAGAAAAACAGUAAGAGCUAUGACACAUAUGACACUUCUGCUACUUCUAGUCAUGAUAUUUGUAGAAAAUGGACAAGUAGAUGAAAAACUUAACAGAAAAACAUAUACGCAAUCUGUGACCACGAAGAAAAACACACAACCUACCACCUGCUCACCCCCUUCAUGCAAAGUCACCAUAGCAUGUUGUAGAAAAGCAAAACAAAGCUAUGUUUGCAACACAAUAUCAAUAAUGGAUUAUUUAACAAUUGAUAAUGACUGCACAGGAAUCGCACAAGAUAAAAACAUUUUGAAACACUGUGAAAGUGUGGAGAACCAAAACAUACAAAGAAGUACACACACACUGCAGCCAUCAAACACUAAACAAAGUGGUAUAAACAUGAAAAAUUGCGAAGAAUCUUUACAGCAUCAUGCUAUGACUGUGCUUAACAUAGACCCAACCCUGGCAAAUGGUCAUGUAGAAAUCACUGCUCCAAAAGUAUCUGAUGAAGCUCGAACAAUACAGAUUUGGAUCCCAGUGGAGCCUUUCCAAAACGUCUCUGAUGGAAUAGUUGGAAUAGUUACCUCCAAUUCCAUUCAGCAGUUUAUUACGAAAAAUGUUUCUAUAAUGUCUGAAGUCAUACAGAUUGAAGUUUUUGGGCGUGACAUUGCGAAUUUGACCAAUCCACUUAUAAUACAUUUCUCAGUGAAUAAUUACACAAACAACUCAAGCAAAAGGUACACAUAUUCCUGUCAAUACUAUGAUAAACAAGGAAACAACACCUGGAAAACAGAUGGCUGUAACACCACUCAGAUCAGUGAUGGUGUUGUGGAGUGCUCCUGUGACCACAUGACCCCAUUUGCUGUGCUUCUGGUUGAGGUGAAUAACAUUGAUGGACAACAAUGGGAAAUAUUGUCAUAUAUCAGCUACGUAGGCUGCAGUCUGUCUGCGGUCUUUUCUGCUUUCUCUGUCUUGACGUUCAUUUUCAACAGGAAUGCAAGAGCAGAAGUGUCCAGCAGCAUUCACGUGUCUCUGAGUAGCGCUUUGUUUCUCCUCAACAUGAGCUUUAUGUUCAGUGAGUGGGCCGCUACAUGGACAGUGAAAGAAGUGUGUGUGUUUACUGCUGUGACUAUACACUACAGCCUGCUGUGUUCUUUCACCUGGAUGGCUGUUGAAGCCUUGCACCUCUACCUUCUUUUAGGCAGAGUCUUCAACAUUUACAUCAAACACUACAUGGUCAAGUUGUCCCUGAUCGGAUGGGGUGUCCCUGCUGUUCUUGUUGGAUGUUUGCUGUCAAUUCAGCAACUCACCCGUCCAUUUUAUGGCUAUAAAAAUGUGACCUUAUCAAAUUCAAAUGCAACAAAUCUAGUUUGCUGGAUCACAGAGCCUCUCAUCCUGUACGGCGUGAACCUUUGCUACUUCACCAUUGUAUUCCUGUUCAACACAAUAGUUUUAAUCACAGUGUCGAGACAGAUUUUUAAGCUAAAGAAAGUGGAUAACAAGCAUAAGAAAAUACCAGUGAAGGAUGCCAGCACAGUGCUAGGCUUCAUGUGUCUGCUGGGUACAUCAUGGGGUCUGGUUUUUCUUGGCUCUGGAUAUACCAGCUAUCCAAUACUCUAUGUAUUCUGCAUUUCAAACACAAUGCAAGGGUUUUCUAUCUUUCUGUGGAUGUGUCGGACAACAAGGCCAGAAAAACAGAAAGCAGCUCAUACCAAGUCUUUAUCCAGUGUAGAUACCUUCACCACUGAAAAACAAAAACAAUAGACUGUGCCUAAGGCAUGAGUUUGAACUGUUUUAUUGCUAGUAAGUUUUUUCUUCAAUUCCAUAUGGUGCCUCUAGAAGAGAAAUAGUGCCACACUCUGGCAGUGUCUGAAAUUGCCUCGACACCCAUAUCCACAUUAAUUUACAAUGUGGAAAUAAGCUAUUUCCUUCGAAUGUGCGUUUCUUUAGCUGAUUAUUACAGGGAAUUAAAACAAUAUGAUAUCAAAUACAAGUUUGUAAUAUAAAGCAGCUUAAGGGACUGUUUUUAUAGUGGAAGUGAAUAAUACUGCAAGCCUUGCAAAUUCAAAUUUUACAAACGGACGUACAGAUACAUGGUACAAAUACCUACUCUUAUGUUAAGGUUGAAUACAGUGAAAUGUUUUAAGGAGACAGCCAUUUGUAUUGGUUUCUGACAUUAUUGAGUAUGUUCAUUCAAUCCCAACUGUAAUAACAAGUGUACUACCGAUAUACUCUAGAGGCUAGAGAAUGCCUCUAAUGCACUGGGAAUGCCCCAAUAUACUUUAAGUGAAAUCAAACAUGUGACAUCAUUUCAAAAUAAAGUGUCCAAAUACUGUUUUUGCAUACUAUAUGAUACAUACUACAUAUUCAAAUGCAACGUCACUGUCUGAAUUCACUAAUCAUUUUCAUUUGUUCACUGAAGUAGAAUAGUGAAUAGGAAUAGUGAGCAAUGGUAUAGGGUGCGAUUUCAGAUACUUUGCCAUCAUUUACUUUGUUCCAGAUCUGUAUGACUUACUUUCCUCUCCAGAACACAAAUGAUAACAUUUUUAAACAAUGUGUCAGUUUUUUUGUCUGUGCAAUACAAAAGUUAGUGGGGUCUAAAAUAACAUUUCGAUCUUGACAUUUUCAGAGGUUUCACUAUAUUUACUGUACAUAUGCAUGAUGCUAAGUAUUUCCUUCAUAGAAGACAGGUAAUAGGUCAUUUAUCUUUUUUUUUCUCUCUCUCUAUUUUGAAAUUAUAUAAAAUGCAUUAAGAAACUAUUCAGACCACUUUAUUUUUUAAACACAUUCUUACGUCACAGCCUAAUACUAAAAUGUUUUUAAUUAGUAUUUUUGUUUGUUUGUCUAGGGGAAACAAUGUAGAAUUAUGUUGAUUGAUGAUGAAAACAGUGUAAAGAAUUUUAG